AUACCCUCCGUUAUAUGAGUUAUGGUGGCGUGUCGAUCGUCGCAAGUUUCUCGUUAAACAGCCAAUACUUCGACAUCGAAUUACUUUGGUACUUUGGUUUGACAUUGGAAAUAACGGUAACUGUUGUUUGUUUGUUGAUAGAUACGCAGUUCACCGCGAUCAAUUAUUAUCCAGUCCGCAGCCGGUUAGUCAAACAACAGGACACAUUUUAGGAUGAAUACGAAUGAACGUUCAAUAUACAAUAAUUCGGUACCGAAGACAACGCAUCCAGCUUCCGAAGAGGACAAUCAAGAUGAUCAGGUCUGGACUGACGAUCAAUCGAAUGUUUCUUCAGAUUGUAGUCACAGCAGCUGUGAAUCAAGGACGCACGAAUGGAGCCCAUUUAUAGUGGACAAUUUCUUGUUUUAUAUGAAAUUCGAUUUGGUUUAUCAUGCCAAGCCAAUUGUGUUUGAUGAUGAUUUAUUUUUUCGCAAUGAAUAUAAACGGCUCUCAAUACGUAAAAAGGAGAAUAUUCUGUCGAAAUUUGGUCAGCGCGAUAAGAAUAAACAUAAGCUAUUUAAAGUCAACCUAAUUGAUUCUGCCAAAAAAGAACAUCUCAAUGGCAUCAAUAAGGAAAUAAUCAUCAGUAUUGCUCCUAAAAAGAAUAUAAUACUAAAAGAUGUAAUUCCACUGACAGAAACAAUACUAGGAAUAACUACAACUUUAUUUCCAGACGGUAGAAAGCUUAUGGUAGAUAAGGUCAAGGACUAUUCCGUAUUUAAUAAGGGAAAACUGGUAAAAUCGAAAGAUUGGAUUAAAUCUAUCGAUACCGAAACAGUGACUGUAGAUAACUUUGAGUCUCUUCUAGAGGGUUGCACUAAAAUUCCUACCAUUAUAAAAAUAACUUUUUUCGAAAUGAUUGAACAUGACAUUUCCAAUUCUAUUGAAAUCAAAAUUAGCAAUUUGAUGGAUCUUAUCCAGAGCCAGGAAACCUUAUUCAACAAAGAUGAUAUUCAAACUAUGAGCAGCAACGAUUUGGUUUUCAGUAUGAUUUAUAUUUCCAAGGAAUAUACACAGAACGAUGAAUUAGAUAUAAAAUUUUGCUACCCUACAAAAGAGAACAAUUUGAUAUACAAUUCUAAAGGUAGCUUUGUAACUUUGCAUUCCAUUUUUAACUCUUCUUUUCAGACCAAGGUUCUCAUGACAAAUUUGAAGAUUCGAAACAUCAUUUAUUACAACACUUAUAACUUUUUUGAAGAUGGAAUACUUUUGCUAGGAUUCAACUCAAAGUAUUCUUCGCUUUUUUCAGUAAAACAAAAAAGUGAACAGAUUUGUAGGUUGCUUCGAAGCCUUUACUUUGACUGCUCCACCAUGUUCAAUAAACCGAUUGAGCAGCAAACAGAACUGAUGCAAUUGUGCGAACUUAUUCGGCAUUCCAUUAAAACCAACAGAAGUUUGGAUAAAUUUGAGAACACUUUCCAUCAACCACAUUUCGUGCCUUUGCCUAAAGAAAUCCAAUUGCGUAUAGACGACGCUCUUGGAGAACUUGAAGCAAUGGACUAUCGUAAUUGGAACGACGAGUUAGUGGAUCUGUUUUGCGAUUUAACAAUCAUUGGAUGUUGCUUGUAUUACAAUCAGUAUUUGGUAUGUUCCCACUUAGGCGGAUCAUUUUUGGUUGUGAUUGAGGCGAUAUUGAAAAAUUUUGGAAUCUUUGAGGUCAUCUCUACUACUAACAUUAAAAACCUGGCCAUUUGGAGAAAAAUCUAUCCUGAGGAGUAUUGUAACCUUAAUUUACAUCAGACGAAUGAUGUCUAUCUAAUGUUGGUUUCGAUAGGGCAUCUUUUGAUGGUAGUUGUAUUAGAAGCUCCAGUGAACACAAACCACAAUAAAAGUCUUUCGCGAUAUAUUGAGGAAAUACAGGAUAUGUUGGAUUACUUUAAAUCGACAGGCAUCGAAAAUUUGGUUAGAAUAUGGAUCGAUUCUAAUAGACGACCUCAAUGUAUUACGACUGCGAUAACCAAACAAGAAUCAUCAUUUGAAGAACAACGUCAAAAUGCGAUAAGAAAUCAUGACGAGGAAUCCAACGCAUCCAGUUCAAUAAAAAAUCAGGCUAUCAAAGAAGAUGGCACAAACGAACAUGAUGACGAUGACGAUUCAGAUUGGGGACAAAGCAUGGAUAGCAGUCAAAGAAGUAGUACGUUUGAUAUAAACGAAUUGUCGGAAAACCGAUGCAAAGAGUUCUCGGAACUUAUUCCAAGCACACUCACAUUUGGAAGCGAAAAUUUAUUGUACUACUUUGUACAACUGGAAAUGGGCGAUGGCGUUUUUUUAGCCCCUACUGUAAUUCUACCAAAUGCGAAACAUGAUCUUUUAUUGAACACUUUUCGAAAAACAUGCACUAUUAUUCAUAAUACGUUACAAAACACGAAAAAGUUUCGCGAUAUAUUGUCAAAUGAAACUAAUAAAAUUGCCAACACGCAUCGGUCACUGGUGGCCAUUAAAGAACAAGGAAUGCUGAUGUCCGUUCCCAAAGAAGGUACAACCAGUGAUAGAGUCGAGUUCUGGGUCCUUGGUCGCCUUUUCAACUCUCCCCCGAGGGAACUGUAUGUUUGCCACCGAGCAGAUGCCCCACAAAAUAUGAUUGAACUAGCAUUCCGUAUCUGUCUUACGUGCGCUGGCUAGAAGGGUACACUGAACAGUGAUAUGAUAAAUAAUCCGUCCAUGGCUAAAUAAACAUUUUAUACCAUACGUUUCAAACAAUCAUUCAACUGAUCACAUCCAUUUUAGUCCCAGCAGUUUAGUUCCCUGGCGAAGAACAAUCGGUUUUAUUAGUUGGAAAAAUGCCUUUUGUCUAGUAAUGGUAUUGUUGUUCAAUAAAUGGAAUGAUGAUUGAAAUCCUGACAAGGCACGUUUCGGAUAAAAUUACAGGCACAUUAUUAGAAAAAAUGGUUGUUCAUAUUUUAAAGUAACGCUUUUCUGAAUGAGACAUAUUAUUUAUAACAUCAUUACAAUUAUUAUUUUGUAUAAUAUCUAUUCAUAUUUCUACAACGGUAUAAAGGCACUAAUGAUAAGGCUAUUAUACAGUGCCCAUGUAUGAUUUCAAAGUUAGUUUUCUGCAGUAUUUGUGAAAUUUCAAAUCGGAACGUAAUUUUAUUUUGACAUCCUGGUGUAAAAUGUUGAAUUGGAUUUCUAUUGCGGUUUGAUUAUGAAAAUUUCCCGCAGUUACUAACUGAACCAUUUGCAGAAAUCUAAGUGAUUCGAUUGUACUCGGCGUAAUGAUUGGAACAAACGAAACUCUCAGAAUUGGAUCACUAUUGGAAUGAUUAUCCUUUUCUCGAUUUUUAAGUUUGACGUAAACGUCUAAUCAAUCAGGUUUCAAACAAACAUAUAAUUCUCGAAUGAACUUUAAACAUACCAAUAAGAUCACUUAAGAGUAAAAAAUAUAACUCCCCAAUACUAUGAUUCUUCUUAUCAUUCCACAUAUUUGUAGAACUAGUACCGGAAGGUACUGCAAAAGCUAAAUCAUAUCAAAACUAACACAGUUUGAAUGUAUUCAUUAUGAUUAUAGCCCCGCCGAGUUAAUGUAUUUGUCCCAAUUUUACCGAACAAAAAGUAUUGCCGAAAGAUCAUUGAGAGAUAUGGUGAAAACUGAUAUCAACUCAAUUUUAUCAAUAUUAACAAAAUAGUGAUCAAAAAGUGACCUCAUAACUACAAAUAUGAGUCCUAACGAAAAAAAAAUCUGGAAUAAUAUCAAACCUUCACAUUAUGUAAAAUUAAAAAUGAUUUACAUACAAAAAGUAUCACAGAAA